UGUUCAGAAACCUGAGGUUUUCGUUCAUUGUUCUUCCAACAUGGGAAAACAGAACACACAAUCCUAUGAUGCAACAAAAUUCUCUGUUCUAAACUGCAUCGACCUUUCCAAUCCUGACAUCAACCAAUCCGUGAAUUUGCUCAAACAGGCAUGCUUGGAUUCUGGUUUUUUCUAUGUUGUCAAUCAUGGAAUAAGCCAGGAAUUCAUGGACGAGGUUUUUGCACAAAGCAAGAAAUUUUUCACCCUUCCUCACAAGGAAAAGAUGAAGGUUCUCAGGAAUGAAAAGCAUAGGGGAUAUACACCUGUUCUUGAUGAACUACUUGAUCCUGAAAACCAAGUACAUGUAGGAGAUUACAAAGAAGGAUAUUAUAUUGGAGUUGAAGUAGCUGAGGAUGACCCAGAAUCGCAUAAACCUUUUUAUGGGCCAAAUAAAUGGCCUGCUCCAGAUAUUCUGCCUGGUUGGAGGGAGACUAUGGAGAAAUACCAUCAAGAGGCAUUAGAAGUAGGGAAAGCAGUUGCAAAGAUGAUUGCCCUAGCACUUGAUUUGGAUGCUAAUUUUUUUGAUCAACCAGAAAUGCUGGGAGAGCCCAUUGCAACUCUACGAUUGCUGCACUACGAAGGUCAAGUCUCAGAUCCCUUAAAAGGAUUAUAUGGAGCUGGAGCUCAUACUGAUUAUGGUUUAAUUACUCUGUUGGCAACAGAUGAUGUCUCAGGUCUUCAAAUAUGCAAGGAUAGGGAUGCUAAACCUCAGAUAUGGGAAGAUGUGGCACCAUUGAAAGGAGCAUUUGUAGUGAAUCUUGGUGACAUGCUGGAGCGGUGGAGCAACUGUAUUUUCAAGUCCACACUGCACAGAGUUCUAGGAAAUGGUCAAGAGAGAUAUUCUAUUGCAUACUUUUUGGAGCCUAGUCAUGAUUGUCUAGUGGAGUGCUUGCCAACUUGCAAAUCAGAUAGUAAUCCACCCAAAUUUCCUCCUAUCUUAUGCCGGGACUACCUGAGCCAGCGCUAUAAUGAUACUCAUGCUGAUUUGAAAAUUUACAAGAAACAGCCAACUUGAGUUGUCAAUCAUUUGGAGAUUUUUGUGUUUUAACCUUAUCAAUUACUUUAAGCAUUUUGAACUGCAUAUUUUAUUAGGAAUAACAGUGUCAAUACAUUAGCCAUGUUAUAUAUAGAUUUAGUUUAAAUGGCAAAUUAGAAUUUUUUAUUAUUUUGGGGUUGUGGGGGUAGGGGGAGUUUGCUGUUUGGUUAGUGCUUGUUGUUAAACAUAGAAGAAAAACAUAUAUGAAAUUAGCC